GGUUACCACAACUCUAAGAAUCUAGAAUCUAAUUCAAAAUAACAAUCAACAAGAAACAACCUUAAUACCAACGUUUGACGGUUAUACCAAUUCAACUAACACCCAUAAUAACAACCUCGUUUCCAAAAACCCAGAUUCAUUAACAUUUCCAAAUAUUCAAUGUUCCAUCACUGACAUCACUCCAAAUUUUAAUAAUCACAAAUGGGUUCACAGUCGGAAUAUUCAACUUCCUUGGAAUCAUCUCCGGCAGGAGAGACUGUGAUUGUGGUGAUGAAUGGGAAUAAGGGGAAAGGAAGCCUGGAUGCUUUAGAGUGGGCGAUUAAGUAUAUCGUUGGCCCGAAAGAUACGGUUGUCGUUCUCGGAGUCUUGCCGGAGAUCGGAAAGAAAUCGAACCCCUCUUGUUUGCCUUUUCACAUUGGAAUUGGAAGCUCCGGCAUCUAUAUAAAACUCGAGUUCUCAAACAACGAAAUGACAUCAUCAGAACUCCAUAUAGAGAUCGAGAGAAAGAAGAGAGAAUACCAAAAAUUUCUGGAGCCCUACUACCACCAUUGUAAGAAGAGAGAGGUGAAGUUAGAUAUAAGACUGGCUGCAGGGCUGGAAUCCAAGAGUAUAACUAUCGAAGAAGCACAGAAGCUUGAUCCUCGAUGGAUCGUGUUAGACGGCUACUUCAAGAGAGAUAAAGAAUACAUACACAAGCAUGUAGACUGUCAUGUGGCUUUGUUGAAGUCAAAAGGAGUAGCAACCUUAAUCCCAUCAAAGAUCACAGAUCCAAAGUGUGAAGAAUGGCAAAUUGUUUGUAGAAGAAUAGAUGAUCAUGCGUUGACCGCCGUUGACUUUGUGGAAGAACCACAUUCGCCAAAACAAGCUCUAGCAUCGCCUUCUUCAUACGGAUUGUCAUGGAGAACAGGAUUCCAGAGAACUUUCACUCUUGGAGAGAUUGAGGAAAUUACAAAUGGAUUCAACAAUGUCAUCCUUAAGGAUCAUCUUAGGAUAGCUUACGGAGGUGUCUUUGGAGAAUCUCCUGUUACUGUUAUUUGUUUCCCUGCAGAUGAUCAAGCAGUUUUUCUUCUCAAAAUCGCUUCUCGUGUUCGCCAUAGAAGUAUCCUGAGUUUAAUUGGUUACUGUUGCAUUGGUGAUUCGGUCUACUUGAUCUGUGAUUGUCCACAAGGUUCACUUGAAGCUUGCUUGUUGUGUGACCAGGCAGCAACAAAGCUUUUGUGGAAAACCCGGUGGGAUAUCGCUCUAGAGAUCGGUACAGCCAUUGAGUACCUCCAUGAGGAGUUCGUAGAUGGCUCAAUUGUAAAUCUAUCCAUUUGUUCAUCUCACGUUGGACUUGGUGGUAGCUCGUGUGGCAUGCUAUGUAUCUAUGAACCAACAAUAAAGCAGUUGAAGCUUGAUGAUGAUCCUAUGAAAAGCUCGGAUAUCGACAAAAAUGAAUACCUUAGAGCCGAUAUAAAAGAUUACGGGGUUCUCUUGUUAGAGCUCAUAUCAGGACAGAGUAGGCGACUGUUCGAGAAAGAUGGUCAAAGCCUCGUUGAUUGGGCAUUACCGCUUCUGGAGAAGAAUUUAUUAAGCCAGUUGUUCGAUCCAAGGUUAACCGAGCCGAGUGAUUCUCAAGUGGCUCAUAUGGCUCGAGCCGCAUUGGCAUGUCUAAAGAACGGCUCGAGCCCAUAUCUUAAUAUCAGUAAGGUGUUGGCAAUUGUACGGGGCGAUCAAUAACGGGCCCUCAUGAAUCCAGAGUAAUUAUUGUGUAACGCCAUUAACGGGUAAUGGCUCAAAUUUGGUGUUUUGAGCUAUUGAAGAAAAAACAAAAGGGAAUAACGCCGUUAAGUUGGUUUCUCCAUCAUUCGUAGAGAAACAUUGAACGAUAUUUAAUUAUGUAACUAGAUUAAGGAUUAUUAAAUGCUUUAAACCAUAA